UUUUUUAAUUUGUUUCCCUUCUAUAACUGUCAAACUCUAUGUGCAUAGUCCUUUAAUAAUAUUGCUGAUUUUAUUCCUUGCGGUUUUCUUAUUGCUAUUUUAUUACAUUAAUAGUUGUUUUGUUUUAGUAUCUAACAAUUCUUAACGAAAAAUAUGAUGUCACAAAGUACAAUUUACUUAGACACAGAAUUACGAAAAAUAAGACCAGCAGAAUUAUAUAUACUUUCACAAAUAUUAAAUAUAUCAGAUUCAUGGAAAAAAUUAAUGGCAAUUAUACCAAAAGAUGACAUGUCUAAUCUUCCAAAAUUUAAUUCUGAACAUUUUAGUAUGAUUGAACAAGCUGCAAAUCAUCAAAGAAGUGCAGCAGAAAUAUUUUUAUCAGAAUGGGGCACAAUGGGUAAAAAAAGACCAACAUUAAGUGUUUUAUUGAAUUUUUUAAUAAAAGCAGAAUUAUUUAGAGCAGCUGAUUAUGUAGCUAAAGAUUUAUUAAAUGUAAAAGUUCCUGAACGACCAAAAUAUGGACCAGCAACACCUAUAGAUAUUUCGGAAGAAAUGAAAUUAUUAGAAGAAAAAGAGAAACUUGAAAAUCUUAAUUUCAAUGAAUCUUUGAUAUUUAAAUUACCUUCUCAAGAUGUUAAUAAUAAAACAAUUAAUUCUAAAGCAAUGAAUGACAGUUCUUUGGAAAGAAAUAUACAAUUAACAAAAUUGAUUUCUUCAAAAGAAAAAUAUAAUGAUGAACAGUUAAAAAAUAAAAAAACAUUAAAUACACAAAUGUUUGAUUUAAUGAAAUUUAGUCUUGAACAAAAUAAAGAGGAAUGUAAAAAGCAAGAACAAAUAUUUAAACAAAAAGAAAUGUUGUCUCAUGAGCUACCUGUGUUUUUAAAUGAAUUUAAACAAACUAUAGAACAAACGAAAUUAUAUCAAGAAGUAUUAUCAGAGGAACUUCCAAUUUUUGUGAAGAAUAGUACAAUUGCAUUAAAUCAAAAUUUAUCAAAUUACCAUAUAGAUAAUUCGAUGAAUUUAUCCAAUCUGAAUAUUAAUAAAAAUGAAAUAAUUACCACUGAAUUACCUCAAUGUGUUGUUGAAUUUCGUGUAAAUAAUGAAUUUAAUUCAAAUAAUAAGAACAAUUGAGUUUGCAAAAAUUACAAUUAUAUUCUAUUGAAUAAUAU